GAUGUAAUCACUUCAAGAAGCAGCAGGCCUAAAUCAACAGCCACAACCACAAAAACGGCAGAACAGAAGGCGCGCGACAGAGAUGCCCAAGCUGCUGCCAAAGCUGCCGAAAAGGAGCGAAAGAGACUGGAGAAGGAGCAGCUCAAAGAGGCCAAAGCUUUGGAAAAAGAGCGUGCUGCUGCAUUGGCUGAAGUCAACAAGGUUCGCACAGACAAAAAGGUCUCAACGCCUGAAAUGAUCUUGGACAUGCCGUCAAGCGUGACCGAGGGAUUAAAGGUCCAGCUAGGGACCCUGCUAGACGGACUAAGUGUCGAGCAUACUACCUGGGAUAGUCCUGUCGCCAACGCCUUCAAGUGGCGCAGAAAGGUCACAAGUCGAUUUGACGAAGAGAUGGGGCGCUGGGAACCUAUUCCACCGCGGAUUAUGCCUGAGAAACAUGCCUUGAUUCUUCUCGCAGCAGAAGAAUUUGUCGAAAUGGCUGUCAACGACACUCUAGACUCGAGCGUCUCUGAGACCAAGAGACAUUUCCCCGGGCACGACCUCAUCUACAUCCUCGAGGGCUUAACGCCUUGGACGAGGAAGAAUCGCAGCCUCCGAAACCGCAGAUUCGCAGCUGGAGUGCGUGCCCAGGAUCAAGCUGCUGCUCCAGAAGCUACUCCAGCCUCCCGCAGACGCCGUAACAAUGCAGCCCCUGAGGAGUACAUUUCGGAAGGCAUCGUCGAAGACGCCAUGCUACAGCUACAAGUCGAGUACGACGUAUUGAUUCACCACACCGCUACACAGCUUGAGACUGCCCAGUGGAUUGUCGCCUUUACUCAGCACAUUUCGACCAUUCCCUACAAGAAACUGCGCGAAAAGCUGACUUCCUCGGCGGGUUUUUGCAUGGAGAGCGGACAGGUCCGCACCGGCGACGAUGCUCGCGAUACAUAUGUCCGGAUGCUACAGGAGAUUGCGCGCGUCACGGCUCCGAUAGCUUACGGCAUCGUCUCGGAGUUUGAUACCGUGAGCAAGCUCGUGACGGGGCUUGAGCAGGGAGGGCCUCUGAGAUUGGAGAGCGUGCGCAAGAGUGCGAAUAAAGACGGUGCUGUUUCGGACAGGAGUGUGGGACAGGCUGUGAGCAGGAGGAUACACAAGGUGUUUACGGGCAAGGAUGAGAUGAGUACGGAUGUAUGAUGUAUGAUG